AUGGCACCUCAACUCAAGAUCAACGCCGUGGCCUUCGUGUCACCCCAGAAUCACCCAAUACUCAUCAGAACAUUCUCUAAGCAAGAGCAUCCCAUCAAAUAUCACUAUAUCGCGCACACCAGUUUAGAUGUGAUCGAAGAAAGAGUUGCCGCCGGGGGGAAGAUGACUGAGUGCUACCUUGGGCUGCUGUAUACAAUGGAGGAUGUUGCCGUCUAUGGAUAUAUAACUCCGUUGAAAGUCAAGAUCAUACUGGCUCUUGCCCUCUCCGACGCCGUUGUUCGCGACCUGGAAAUCACGACCAUAUUCAAGGCCCUCCACAUGGCCUAUUACUCCGCUAUAUCCAACCCAUUUCUCAAGUUGAUUGACGGUACAAGCGACCCAUCGCCCUACCUGGCCCUUAACAGUCAACAGUGGAAGGGCUUCAACAAGAAGGUGGAUGAGAUAACUAGGGUGGUGGGCGGUGCUCCGACUUCCUAA